AUGGAGGUCCCUGACGUGGUGAGCUCGUCACCUUCUUCGUUCAGCAGCCUGGCCACCGCCUGGGGCCUGCUGCGCUGCAUCCUGUCGUCCUGUUCGUCAGGGGAGCCCCGCAUAGCGCCGCCGCCGCCCGAGGCCGAGAUGUGGGCCGAGCUGAGAUUCUCGCGGUUCCUCGCCGGCGACUCUGAGGACGGAGACGUCAACAACAAGACGCCGCCGGACUGGCUGGACACCAAGAAGUUGAAGCGCGCCCGCGAGCUGCACCUGCAGUACUGGCCGCUGAUGAACAACGCCCAGGUGAUGUCGCUCUUCCUGUCGUUCGCCUUCUUUGAGAACACCAAGCCGCUGCUGUACACUGGACGGUCGGACACACCGCCGCGCGCCCGGCGCCGCUACCUGGAGACGGCCCUGCACGUGCACACCUGGGCGCUGGGCGACAUCUGGAAGCCCGGCGACCCGGCGUACCGCAGCGCCGACAUAGUGCGCGGCAUGCACCGGGCCGUGGGCUCGCUGCUCAGCGCCCGCGACCUGUCCCGGAUCGCCUACCCGGGCCAGCUGCCGCCCAAGGUGCGUACCUGCGGACUGGCGCCCGCUCCAGAGGAGGGCAGCGGCGGCGGCGAGGCUGAGGAGGAGUCCCCAGUGGAGGAAGAGGAGGAGUCCCCAGUGGAGGUUGAGGAGGAGGAGGUCAGGCCCUCCGAGCGCGGCGGUUUCUGUCCGGGACCGGUGAUCUCGCAGCGCGGGAUGGCCGCCACACAGUGGUUCUUCGUGGGCCUGAUCGUGCUCCACCCGGACAAGUUCGGGCUCGGCCAUCUGAGCGACGACGACCUGGAGAGUUUCGUGCACCUGUGGCGCAGCAUCGGCCACCGGCUCGGAGUGGCGGAGCGGCACAACCUGUGCGCCGGCUCUCUGGAGCAGGUGCGCGCGCUGAUGCGGCUGGUGGAGCGGCAGUACCUGGUGCCGCAGCUGGAGCGGCCGCAGGACGACUGGGAGGCCAUGAGUCUAGCGCUGUACGACGGCCUCGGGGAGGUGUUCUCCAUGUGCCGCUACAGCGUGUGGCGCUACUACCUACUGCAUGAUGUGCUGGAGGUGGAGACCGCCGACGCGUACCGGUCGCUGGGGUGGCGCGACUACUGGCGCUACCUCUUUCUGCGGGGCAUCUAUCGGCUGGCCAACCAGGAUCAGCAGGUCCACACCAGCAUUCGCAACACGGCGAAAGACGAGUUCAAGAAGGGUGCCGAGGCGGAGAACUUUUCGAAACAGCUAAUGUAUGUGUUUGACAUAAUCUAGCCAUCUGAGAGGCUGUAUGUGCAUUUGUGCAGGCUAUGUGAAUAUUCAAGUAGUUUGCUAUAGUAGACCUCGCUGCGUUUUUAUGCUCUUAUAGUGUCAAUCUGUGAUUGAAAAGCAGGGCUAACCCGCAGGCUGUCCGAGUCCCGCUCGUGUCUUUAUUUGAUCAGAUGGGUGGGGGCUGCGGAUGUCUUUUCCUCUAUUGAUCAUCUUUGUCAUCUUAUGCCAAGUGUUCAUCCACCCGAGCCAGUACUUCAGCGGAAUGGUCUCUUCCUCGCUCUGCCUAUACUCCGCUCAUCUGUUGUUAUCAUUGCUGAAUUGUUGUUAUGUUCCAUACUCGUGUCACAAACUCGGCAUGCUCGCGUUCACUUGCUAUCGCUACCUAUCGUUUGUGCUAUCAAAGGACAUUUGAUUUGUUCAAAUAAACUGUUACAU